AUGGCACCGCAAAAAGCCUACCCCCGCAGCGUCCUGAAGCGUAUCGUAAAAGCUCACAGCGACCGUAACGUCUCCAAGAAUGUCGAUGUUCUGAUAUACCUUGACUACGCGCUUUUCCUGCAGGAGCUCGUCCGUGAAGCUGCAAUCCAUGCACAGACUGAGGCCUCUGUCGACGGCGCUACAAGCACGGCUACAAAGCAUAAGAAACCCGUGAUUUCGGCCAGAGAUGUCCGCAAGGUUUCAAAGGUAACAUUUGUAAACCCUUCUUAA